CGCAAAGCGCAACUAUCAGGAUGCAGUUCAUCUGGGUGAAGGAACGAUCUCAAAAAAAGAAAAACGCAAAUGUCGUACACAAGAAUCCAGUCACUCCAAAAUCAAUAGCAAAAAGCUUUUCACUAUCUCCCAAGGGCUUAAUUUCCACCACCUAGACCCUCAGAAGCAAGAUUUUUUCCGUAAACCUGUUUUGUGAAUCUUUUCCUUUUCAAAGAAGUUUUUCAUUUUCUGUGCUUCCAAUAAUUCGAACUUCGAUUUCCAAUUUCAGCCCACGAAAUGAAACCCGCAUAGUAUUUUGCGGCAGUAGAAGAAAUAGAGUUCUUGUUGUGUAGCUGCCAAAGCAGUAGCUAGUAGUUUUUUUAGUUUCACCCGAUAAGACGUAAAUUUCAUCUAGAUACAACUUUUUCAAAAUUUGAAUUCGAUAGUAAAACAAAAUGAAGAUCACAGUCAAGACAUUGAACAAGGGCGCCGGGGGAGCGGGAAAGCGUAUAAUUGACAUGUUUUUCAUCUUUUUGCUGUAGUAGAGUUGCGAUUCAUGCAUGACAAUGUUCUGUCCUCUUACCCUCUCAGCAUGACAAACAAAAAAAACAGCGGACGGCAACUUCGAAAUCGACAUUGAGCCGACGGAUACGAUUCUGCAAGUCAAGCAAAAGAUCGAAACGGUGAAAAGCGACUACGAGGCCGCGGGACAGAAACUGAUCUGCGCAGGUAUGAGUAUGACAGUUUGGUUUCUUGUUAAAAAUCAAAAUACUCAGUUUGUAUGCAUGACAAAAAUCCUUUCCCUUCCGUAUCUGUACAAGACAAACUUUAGUACGUACGUGUAGAUGAAGAUCGUGAAUUAUGGAAAACGGUUAAAAUCCUCUUCUAUCAGGCCGAAUAUUGCAGAAUGACAAGACCGUGGCGGAUUCCUCGCUCAAAGAAGGCGACUUUCUCGUGUAUAAAAUGCAAAAGUGUCUGGGUCUGGAAGCUUGUGAUGCAAAUCUACGAAUUGUGGGCGCACUACAAUAUGCACCCGAGCAUGACCACAAGUUUUUGCGCUGCUGUGUCUUUCGUUUUUCGCAUGACAAACGGCGUUUUUGCAUGACAGGCAAGAGGCCCUUUUUCUGCUCAUGCAUCACAGAUUCAAGACUCAUGCCAGACAAGCAUGACAAACCUGCAUGCUUCCAGACCCAGACAUAUUUGCAUGUGAUAUCGUGGUUAUCCCCGCAAAAAAGCCGGCGGCCGAAGCGCCAGCCGCCCCAGCGGCCGCGGCACCAGCAGCACCGGCAGCUGGAGAGACACCAGCGGCUGGUGGUGCGCCAGCGGCACCAAGCGCACCAGUAGCUCCGGGAAUCGCGGCGGCACCGGUAUAGUAAUGUGGAAUGAGUUUAUUUUUGCUGAACUUUUACUGCACCAAAAUUUGUGAAGAUGCUGAUCAAGCGAAAGAGUCUGUAUUUGAAUUUGUAUUGCUAUAAUUCGCUUCACUAUCACUAUCACAGGUUUCCUCCAACCGGGAGGCCGAAGCCGCCAUUACCCAGCUGCAAGAAAUGGGUUUUCCCCGGGACCAGUGCGAAGCGGCGCUCCGAGCGGCGUUUGGCAAUCCGGAUCGAGCGGUGGAAUACUUGAUGACAGUAUUGUGCGGAAAAAUGUCCCCUCCCCAUAUCAAAAAGAAAAUUUGUCAUGGUGAUUUGUGACCACAAAUCAGACUUGUCUUGCGUACGAGGCAAAGGGCGCUGAUGUGUCGCAUUGUGCAGCCAGUCUGUCAUGCGAUUUCGCCUAUGUCAAGCUUGUUUCUCAUGCGCAGCUGCUAGCCGGAUGCGUACAACAUUGGCAGCUGAGAAUAUGUCUAUAAGCUGUUGCUGCAAUACAAAGGUCACUUGUGUACACAAAUCCGGCAACACAAAUUGUCUUUUGAGUAUGGGGUGGAAGCUUUUUUCGCUUUGAUAGACGGGCAUCCCGGCCAACCUACAAGAGCAGGCCUCCGGCGCGCCACCCGCGGCGGUGCAACCGGCGGGCGCGGGGCCCCCGGGCACGCAGCCGGCGGGUGCGGCGCCGGCCGCUCCAGCACCCGCAGCGUCGGGCGGUGAGGGCUUCCAGGGCAUGGCUUUUCCGGCGAUGGGCGGGGCUGCGGCGCCACCAGCGGGCGGCGCGGCUGGGGGAGCAGCGGCACCUGCAGCCGGGGGAGCAGGUAGUAUAUUUUUUUGAUAGCUUAUUUACUUAGGGUAGUUCUAUCAACAAUAGACCUUUUGCAGUCUUGCAUACAAGCAAAUCUACUAGAGCCGGUUUGAUGUGGUCAUGCAGAAUCACUAUCACCAAAAAUUCACCCACUAAAAAUCCAGCCGCCAUCCCCGGCGCGGAGGGUGGUCAGAUGGCGGAGUUGCAAGCCGCUAUUGCGCAGAACCCCGCGAUGUUGCAGCAAGUCCUGGCCCAGAUCGGGCAAACCAACCCGGAAUUGCUCGCUAUGCUGCAGUAUGCAAUGCAAAUAUGUCUGGGUCUCCUGGAGGGUUGCAACUUGUGAUACUGUCUCUGCGUUCUAGUAAAAUCUGUCUUGCAUGACCAGCAAAAGGAGUCCAGUUUGUGCUACAUGGAGACGGCAUUUCUGAUGCGGAAUAGGCAUCAGGAAGCUAGCACAUGAAAAAUCUGUGAUGCUACUAGGUUAUGCAUUACAGGCGUGAUGGGUCAUGUAAAUUUUGCAUGACAGACAAGUCUUGCAUUCCUCCAGACCCAGACACUUUUGCAUUCCAUAUGCAGCAGAACCCACAGGCGUUGAUGCAAAUCCUGGCCGGCGGAAUGGGCGGCGAGGGAAUGGAGGGAGAGGAUGAUCCGAUGGGUGGCUUGCCGGGCGGCGGCGCAGCGGCACCGGGAGCGGGAGGAGGAGCACCGGGAGGACAGAGUACAGAUUUGAUGUUCUGUGUUUUGGAUUUUAGUAAAAAAAAAUCCUGUGCAAAGAUUUAUAAAUCUGUGUUGCUGGCUCUGCAAUCUGAACUUGAUUUGUGAUGCAAAAACCACUAUACAGUCCAAAUCGAGCUUUCCGAGCAGGACCGGGCGGCCGUCGAGAGGUUAGAACAGUUGGGCUUCCCCCGAGCGGCGGUUGUGCAAGCUUACAUGGCGGCAGAGAAAAACGAGGAACUCGCUGCGAAUUUGUUGUUUGAUAUGGGCGACGAUUUUUAAGGAUAGGGAGAUGCAUCAUUCGUGAUAGCACAUCGUCAACAUGCAGGAUCCUUUUCCCCUUUGCUACUAGAUGCGAAACAGUACAAUUGAGAAAUCUCCGAAAAGAACAAGCUAAAGUUUGCUAGUACAACAACGUCAACCCGAUUGAAGAAGUGCAACAGUUUGCUUCAGAUCAUUUGAUCAAACAUGUGGUUCUUGUUGGGAAGUUGAAAAACAAUGUAUAGCGUUUUUUGGAAGAUGAAGCAGGAGUAUUAUGCUCCGGGGGGAUGAGUAAAAGUCCUUCACGACCUCACGACGGAAGCUUUUCUUCACACGUGAAAACCAUGAUGUUG